AUGGCGCUGUCGCUGCGCAAAAUGGUUUCCAUCGACGAUCGCAUGCGCCUGCUCGUCCCGACUAAGGUCACCGCCGAUGACAAGCUGAUCGAGUACGACAUGCUGCUACUCAAUCACUUCUUGUCGGUGCUCAAGGAUCUUCACGGCGAGGAAAUGCGGGAGCUGGUGCAUCGCUGCUACGAGCUCUCCGGUCAGUAUGGACAGGCCGAGGGGUGCGGCGAUCCGGCAAAGCUGGAAGAUCUGGGCAAUUUGGUGAAGAGCUUGCAGCCAGGGCCAGCGAUUGUGAUUGCGAGCUCGCUGUCUCACAUGCUCAAUCUGGGGAACCUGGCGGAGGAGGUCCAGAUUGCUCAUCGCAGGAGGGUGAGUGAGAAGUCGGGAGGGAUUGGCGACGAGAACAGCGCUCUCACGGAGUCAGACAUCGAGGAGACUUUCCGGAGGCUCAUGAAAUUGGGAAAGUCGCCGCAAGAGAUUUUCGAGGCCUUGAAGACACAGACGGUGGAUCUCGUGCUCACUGCGCAUCCAACGCAAUCCAUCCGACGCUCGCUGCUCCAAAAGCAUUCCAGGAUUCGGAGCUGCCUGUCGGAGCUGUACAAAGACGAUAUCACUCCCGAUGAGAAGCAGGAACUCGAAGAGGCGCUCCACAGAGAAGUCCAAGCGGCCUUUCGGACUGACGAGAUUAGGCGCACACCACCAACACCUCAGGAUGAGAUGCGAGCCGGAAUGAGCUACUUCCACGAAACAAUCUGGAAUUGUCUCCCCAAAUUUCUCCGGCGGGUAGACACCGCGCUGAAAGCGAUCGGGAUAAACGAGCGACUGCCUUACAAUGUACCUCUCAUUCAGUUUUCUUCGUGGAUGGGAGGAGACAGGGAUGGUAAUCCCCGUGUCACUCCGGAAGUAACAAGGGACGUGUGCUUGUUGGCAAGGCUGAUGGCGUCAAGUUUGUACUUUUCUCAGAUUGAAGAUCUUAUGUUCGAGCUCUCUAUGUGGCGGUGCAAUGAGGAACUUCGUGCUAGAGUGGCUCAGCUGGAACUUCGUACGAAAGAGGACGCCAAACACUACAAAGAGUUUUGGAAGCCAAUUCCUUCCAACGAGCCCUUCCGUGUUAUUCUUGGUGAUAUACGUGAUAGAUUGUAUCGGACGAGAGAGCGUGCUCGCCAAAUUCUUGCGACUGGAAAGUCCGACGUGAAUGAAGAAGAGGCUUUUUCGUCCGUUGAGGAGAUCCUUGAACCACUGGAGCUGUGUUACCGCUCGCUAUGCUCUACUGGCGACAAACUUAUAGCGGACGGCAGCUUGCUAGAUUUCAUGCGUCAGGUCUCUUGCUUUGGCCUCGGCUUAGUCAGGCUUGACAUCAGGCAAGAGUCGGACCGGCACACGGAUGUAAUGGACGCAAUCACCACGCACUUGGGCAUUGGUUCUUACCGGAGCUGGACAGAGGAGGAGCGCCAAGAGUGGCUUCUAGCAGAGCUACGCGGGAAGCGUCCGUUAUUUGGAGCAGAUUUACCGAAAACAGAUGAGAUCAAGGAUGUGCUUGAGACGUUCCAUGUGAUUGCGGAGCUUCCAACCGACUGUUUUGGAGCGUACAUCAUCUCAAUGGCGACGGCCCCGUCGGAUGUUUUGGUGGUGGAACUUCUCCAGCGCGAGUGCCGCGUCAACGUGCCUCUGCGGGUGGUUCCCCUGUUUGAGAAGCUGGCCGACUUAGAGGCUGCUCCUGCAAGCCUCACUCGCCUCUUUUCCAUCGACUGGUACCGCAACCGCAUCAAAGGAAAGCAGGAGGUAAUGAUCGGCUACUCUGACUCUGGGAAGGACGCUGGUCGUUUUUCAGCGGCAUGGCAGCUUUACAAGUGCCAGGAAGAGCUUGUCAAGGUGGCAAAGCAGUUUGGUGUUAAGUUGACGAUGUUCCACGGCCGUGGAGGAACCGUUGGCAGAGGUGGUGGUCCGACGCAUUUGGCUAUUCUGUCACAGCCUCGGGACACCAUCGAUGGCUCGCUGCGUGUGACCAUCCAAGGCGAAGUUAUUGAGCAGUCCUUUGGGGAGGAGCACUUGUGCUUCAGAACGCUCCAACGUUUCACAGCUGCAACGCUGGAGCACGGAAUGCAUCCUCCGACCGCGCCGAAAGAAGACUGGCGGAAACUUAUGGACGAAAUGGCCGCGAUUGCCACAGAGGCUUACCGAUCCGUGGUUUUCAAAGACCCGCAGUUCGUGCACUACUUUCGAAUGGCGACACCAGAGCUGGAGUAUGGACGCAUGAACAUUGGAAGCCGGCCAUCCAAGAGAAAGCCAAGCGGGGGUAUUGAGUCUCUCCGGGCAAUCCCGUGGAUAUUUGCAUGGACGCAGACGCGGUUCCAUCUUCCGGUGUGGCUUGGAUUCGGUGAAGCCUUUAAGGAUGUAAUUGACGGGAAUCCACAGACGCUCAAGAUGCUCCAGGCUAUGUACCGCGAGUGGCCUUUCUUCCGGGUCACCGUCGACCUCGUGGAGAUGGUUUUCGCCAAGGGAGACCCCCGGAUUGCCGAGCUAUACGACAGGCUCCUUGUGUCUCCGGAGCUGCAGGACAUUGGGAAGAAGCUGAGAGGGAAAUACGAGGAAACGCGAAAGCUCCUCCUAGAGGUGGCUUGCCACUCGGAACUUCUUGAGGAAAACCCGACGCUCAAGCAGCGGCUUCGACUCCGUGAGCCAUUCAUCACGACGCUCAACGUGCAGCAGGCCUACACGCUGAAGAAGAUGCGGCAGAUCGAGCCGGACGAUGCGCCAAUGCCGAGGACCAACGCAAACAGCGCAUCGGCGGAAGAGCUUGUGGAGCUUAACACCACAACCGAGUACGCUCCUGGCCUGGAAGACACCAUCAUUCUCACCAUGAAAGGAAUCGCGGCAGGAAUGCAAAACACGGGAUAGAGGAAAAGUAAUCAAGCAAGUUAAUAACCCUUUACGAGGGCCAAGAUCCAAAUUAUUGUUCGAGUUUCUAUCGAAGAACCUUGUUCUUCAACCGAAGCAGUGAUGGUCCUUAAGAAUAGAAUCGGUAGGAAAGAAGUUCACAAGAA